GUGGUCGGCUGGAGAGUGGGCAGAGUCACGCAUCUGCCGGCUCUCCACUUCUGCUUUCUCCAGGAAAUGAGCAGAGACCCAGCUCGAGUGAUUCAGAGUGAAACGGCGCUGAAGACUGACGAUGCGGGGCCGGGUCCUCUUCCCCCGAGCCUGAGGGGCUGAGGCUGGGGAUGAGGGGGCCCAUGCCUUCUGAUGUCUACAGGCGCUGACGGCCACCCCUCCAGGGGGCGGAGAGAGCAGGCCGACAGGACAGUGAAGCUCGCCCUCCAAGCUCCCGCAUAGGCCUCUGAGGAGUGCAGAGUCGGAGGGCCAUUUCCAACGGGCCUCAGAGGGAGCUGGUCUAUCCCGGCCCUGUCCAUACUCCACUGGGUUCUGAUCUGCUUUGCCACGGCAUGGAGGCAGAAGAUCUUUCAAAGGCUGAAGACAGAAAUGAAGACCCAGGUUCCAAAAAUGAAGGGCAGCUUGCUGCUGUGCAGCCUGAUGUCCCACAUGGAGGGCAGUCCUCCAGCCCCACAGCUCUCUGGGACAUGCUGGAAAGGAAGUUUCUGGAAUACCAGCAGUUGACUCACAAGAGCCCCAUUGAGCGUCAGAAGAGCCUGUUGAGUCUUCUCCCCCUAUUCCUAAAGGCCUGGGAACACUCCGUGGGGAUCAUCUGCUUUCCCAGUCUCCAAAGGCUGGCUGAAGACGUGUCUGACCAGCUUGCCCAGCAACUCCAGAAGGCCCUUGUGGGGAAGCCUGCGGAGCAAGCUCGGUUGGCAGCUGGACAGUUGCUGUGGUGGAAGGGGGACAUGGAUCAGGAUGGCUAUUUGCUCCUGAAGUCAGUGUACGUGCUCACGGGGACAGACUCGGAGACGCUGGGCAGGGUUGCUGAGUCUGGGCUUCCAGCCCUGCUCCUACAGUGCCUUUACCUCUUCUUUGUCUUUCCUCUGGACAAAGAUGAGCUUUUUGAGAGUGAUCUUCAAGUUCAAAAGAUGUUCGUGCAGAUGUUGCUCAAUAUUUGCAGUGACUCUCAGGGCCUGGAGGGACUCCUCUCAGGAAGUGAGCUGCAGUCUCUGCUGAUUGCCACGACCUGCCUUCGGGAGCACAGCUGCUGCUUCUGGAAGGAACCCACCUUCUGCGUGCUAAGGGCAAUCUCCAAGGCCCAGAACCUCAGCAUCAUCCAGUACCUGCAGGCCACAGACUGUGUCAGGCUCUCCCUCCAGAACCUCUCCAGGCUCGCGGACACUCUCCCUGCCCCUGAAGUGAGCGAGGCUGUAAGCCUGAUCUUGGGAUUUGUGAAGGACUCCUACCCCGUCUCCUCGGCUCUGUUCCUGGAGUUUGAGAAUUCAGAGGGCUAUCCUCUGCUGCUCAAAGUAUUACUUCGGUAUGAUGGGCUGACCCAGAGUGAAGUGGACCCACAUCUGGAGGAGCUCCUUGGGCUGGUGGUGUGGCUGACGACCUGUGGGAGGUCAGAGCUGAAGGUGUUUGACAGCAUCACUUACCCUCAGCUUGAAGGCUUCAAGUUCCAUCAUGAGGCAUCUGGGGUGACUGUUAAGAAUCUUCAGGCCUUCCAGGUCCUACAGAAUGUUUUCCACAAAGCCAGCGACUCUGUCCUCUGCAUACAAGUCUUGUCAGCCAUCAGGACCAUGUGGGCCUGGAAUGCUCGAAACUUCUUCCUGCUGGAGUGGACCCUGCAGCCCAUCUCGCAGUUUGUAGAGAUCAUGCCCCUGAAGCCGGCCCCAGUGCAGGAACACUUCUUCCAGCUUCUAGAGGCCCUGGUGUUCGAGCUGCACUACGUGCCUCAUGAGAUCCUGCGAAAGGUACAGCAUCUGAUCAAGGAGAGCCCUGGGCCAUCCUGCACCCUCAUGGCCCUGCAGAGCAUCCUCAGCAUCGCUGGUGGGGACCCCCUCUUCACCGACAUCUUCCGGGACUCAGGGCUCCUGGGCCUGCUACUGGCACAGCUUCGGAAGCAAGCCAAGAUCAUGAGGAAGUCAGGAAACAAAGUGUCCACUCCUGGUGUUCAGGAUCCAGAAAGAGAACUCACCUGUGUGAUGCUGAGGACUGUAGUCACACUUCUGAAAGGCUCGGUGAGGAAUGCAGUUGUCCUGAAGGACCACGGCAUGGUGCCCUUCAUCAAGAUCUUCCUGGAUGACGAGUGCUACCGGGAGGCCUCGCUCAGCAUCUUGGAGCAGCUCUCAGCCAUCAACGCCGAGGAGUACAUGAGCAUCAUUGUGGGUGCUCUAUGCUCAUCCACUCAAGGGGAGCUGCAGCUGAAACUGGAUCUCCUGAAGUCUCUGCUCCGGAUCCUGGUGACCCCCAAGGGUCGUGCUGCCUUCAGAGUCUCCAGCGGGUUCAACGGGCUGCUGUCUCUGCUCUCUGACCUGGAAGGCUCCCUCCAGGAGCCCCCGCUGCAGGCAUGGGGAGCAGUAUCCCCCAGACAGACCCUGGAGCUGGUUUUGUACACUCUCUGUGCUGUGUCCGCAGCGCUGCACUGGGACCCUGUCAAUGGCUACUUCUUCAGGAGGAAUGGGCUCUUUGAGAAGCUGGCCGAGGACCUCUGCCUGCUGGGCUGUUUUGGAGCCCUGGAGGAAGAGGGCAACCUGCUGCGCUCUUGGGUGGACACAAAGGCCAGGCCAUUUGCAGAUUUGCUGGGCACUGCCUUUUCCUCCAGCGGCUCACUCCCACCCCGGAUACAGAGCUGCCUCCAGAUCCUUGGCUUUCUGGACAGCAUGGCCAGCGGCACCCUCCACUUGCGUGGGGACCUGAAGGAGUCCCUGAGGACCAAGCAGGGGCCGGUUGUGGAUGUUCAGAAGGGAGAAACUGGCAGUGACCCCCAACGCAACUUCAAGCAGUGGCCAGACCUGGAGGAGAGGAUGGAUGAGGGAGAUGCUGCAAUCAUGCAUCCCGGGGUCGUGUGCAUCAUGGUGAGGCUGCUGCCUCGGUUGUACCAUGAAGAUCACCCACAGCUUUCUGAGGAGAUCCAGUGCUCCCUGGCCAGUCACAUCCAGUCCCUGGUGAAGUCGGAGAAGAACCGCCAGGUCAUGUGCAAAGCAGGCAUGCUUGGGACCCUCAUGGCCUCCUGCCACAGGGCCCUGGUCACCAGCGGCAGCCCCCUCCACUCACGCCUCAUCAGGAUCUUUGAGAAGCUCGCUUCCCAGGCCAUUGAACCGGAUGUGCUAAGACAGUUUCUUGGAAUUGCCUCAUCUCUGUCGGCCACAACAAAAAUCCUUGAUUCAUCUCAUGCACACAGAGGCAACCCUGGGUGCUCAGGGUCACAGACUGCACAGGGCUCGGCUGAGGGGCCCUGGCCAGCUGCCCCAGAUGCUGGCCUGCACCCUGGAGUCACACAGGCCCCGCAGCCCUUGGGGGAAUCCCAGGAUUCAACUACUGCUCUUCAGACGGCGCUGAGCCUCAUCUCCAUGACCUCCCCACGCAACCUGCAGCCUCAGAGGGCAGCCCUGGCCCCAUCGUUUGUGGAAUUUGACAUGUCCGUGGAAGGUUAUGGCUGUUUGUUUAUUCCGACCCUGUCCACAGUUAUGGGAACCAGCACUGAGUACUCUGUCUCUGGAGGAAUUGGGACAGGUGCCACCAGACCGUUCCCUCCUCCUGGAGGUCUGACCUUCUCCUGCUGGUUCCUGAUCAGCCGGCAUGGAGCUGCCACUGAGGGCCACCCACUGCGCUUCCUGACAUUGGUGCGCCACCUGGCCAGGACUGAGCAACCCUUUGUUUGCUUCUCCGUCAGCCUCUGCCCAGACGACCUCUCCUUGGUUGUUUCUACAGAAGAGAAGGAGUUUCAGCCUCUGGAUGUCAUGGAACCUGAGGAUGACUCCGAGCCUUCUGCAGGAUGCCAGCUUCAGGUCAGGUGUGGCCAGCUCCUGGCUUGUGGUCAGUGGCAUCACUUGGCUGUGGUUGUCACUAAGGAAAUGAAAAGGCAUUGUACAGUUUCCACCUGUCUGGAUGGACAGGUCAUUGGCUCUGCCAAGAUGUUAUACAUCCAGGCUCUACCAGGGCCUUUCCUUUCUAUGGAUCCAUCUGCAUUUGUGGAUGUUUAUGGAUAUAUUGCUACCCCUCGAGUCUGGAAACAAAAGUCUUCAUUAAUCUGGCGUCUUGGCCCCACAUACCUCUUUGAAGAAGCCAUUUCAAUGGAAACUCUGGAAGUUAUUAACAAACUUGGCCCAAGAUAUUGUGGUAACUUCCAAGCUGUGCAUGUCCAAGGGGAGGACCUGGACAGUGAAGCCACGCCCUUCGUUGCAGAAGAAAGAGUUUCUUUUGGACUUCACAUAGCCAGCUCCUCUAUCACCAGUGUAGUGGACAUCAGAAAUGCUUACAAUGAGGUGGACAGCCGCCUGAUCGCCAAAGAGAUGAACAUUUCAUCCCGUGACAAUGCCAUGCCCGUGUUCUUGCUGAGGAAUUGUGCUGGCCACCUGUCAGGGUCUCUGCGGACCAUUGGAGCUGUUGCUGUGGGUCAAUUAGGGGUGAGGGUAUUCCACUCCAGCCCUGCUGCCAGCAGCCUGGACUUCAUUGGCGGGCCUGCCAUCCUCCUGGGCCUCAUCUCCUUAGCGACAGAUGACCAUACCAUGUAUGCGGCUGUGAAAGUUCUGCACUCGGUCCUGACCAGUAAUGCCAUGUGUGACUUCCUGAUGCAACACAUCUGUGGGUACCAGAUAAUGGCGUUUCUCCUGAGGAAGAAGGCCUCUCUCCUGAACCAUCGAAUUUUUCAGCUGAUCCUCUCAGUGGCUGGCACUGUGGAGCUGGGCUUCAGGUCAUCUGCUAUCACCAACACUGGUAUCUUCCAGCACAUCCUCUGCAAUUUCGAGCUCUGGAUGAAUACUGCAGACAAUCUGGAGCUCAGCCUCUUUUCCCAUCUUUUGGAAAUCCUUCAAUCACCAAGGGAAGGACCCAGGAAUGCUAAAGCUGCCCACCAGGCACAGCUUAUACCCAAGCUCAUCUUCCUAUUCAAUGAGCCGAGCCUCAUCCCCUCCAAGAUCCCCACCAUCAUUGGCAUCCUGGCCUGUCAGCUGAGGGGCCACUUCAGCACCCAGGACUUGCUCAGGAUUGGGCUGUUUGUUGUGUACACCCUCAAGCCUUCGUCGGUGAAUGAGAGGCAGAUCUGCAUGGACGGAGCCCUGGACCCUUCCCUACCUGCUGGAAGCCAAACAUCUGGAAAGACAAUCUGGCUCAGAAACCAGUUGCUGGAGAUGCUGCUCAGUGUAAUAUCUUCCCCUCAACUUCAUCUGUCCUCUGAGUCAAAGGAAGAGAUGUUUCUGAAACUGGGGCCUGACUGGUUCCUGCUGCUCCUGCAGGGCCACCUGCAUGCCAGCACCACUGUGCUGGCAUUGAAGCUGCUGCUGCACUUUCUGGCAAGCCCCUCCCUCCGCACACGGUUUAGAGAUGGCCUGUGUGCAGGAUCCUGGGUGGAACGCAGCACUGAGGGCGUGGAUAUUGUAAUGGACAACCUGAAGAGCCAGUCGCCACUGCCUGAGCAAAGCCCAUGCCUGCUUCCUGGGUUCCGUGUCUUGAAUGACUUUCUGGCCCACCACGUCCACAUUCCAGAGGUCUACCUCAUCGUCUCCACCUUCUUCCUGCAGACACCACUCACAGAGCUGACGGACGGGCCCAAAGACAGCCUUGAUGCCAUGCUUCAGUGGCUCCUGCAGAGGCACCACCAGGAAGAAGUCCUCCAGGCUGGGCUGUGCACAGAAGGUGCCUUGCUCCUCCUGGAAAUGCUGAAGGCCACCAUGAGCCAGCCCCUGGCAGGUUCUGAGGAUGGUGCCUGGGCACAGACCUUCCCGGCCAGCGUGCUGCAGUUCCUCAGCCUCGUCCACCGCACCUACCCCCAGGACCCAGCGUGGCGAGCCCCGGAGUUCCUCCAGACCUUGGCCAUAGCUGCCUUCCCCCUGGGAGCCCAAAAGGGGGCUGGAGCUGAGUCCACCCGGAACACCAGCAGUCUUGAGGCCGCAGCUGAAGGCGACAGCACAGUGGAGGGUCUCCAGGCUCCCACCAAGGCACAUCCCGCCCGGAGGAAGCUGAGGGAGUUCACGCAGCUCCUCUUGAGGGAGCUCCUGCUUGGAGCCUCCAGCCCCAAGCAGUGGCUGCCCCUGGAGGUGCUCCUGGAGGCUUCUCCAGACCACGCCACCAGCCAACAGAAGCGAGACUUCCAGUCCGAGGUCCUGCUUUCUGCUAUGGAACUAUUCCACAUGACAAGUGGAGGUGAUGCAGCGAUGUUCAGAGACGGCAAAGAGCCUCAGCCAAGUGCAGAAGCUGCUGCUGCCCCUUCUCUUGCCAACAUCUCCUGCUUCACCCAGAAGCUGGUGGAGAAGCUGUACAGUGGGAUGUUCUCGGCAGACCCCAGGCAUAUCCUCCUCUUCAUCCUGGAGCACAUCAUGGUGGUCAUUGAGACUGCCUCUUCUCAAAGGGACACUGUCCUCAGCACUUUAUACAGCAGUUUAAAUAAAGUCAUUCUUUAUUGCCUAUCCAAGCCCCAGCAGUCCCUCUCCGAAUGCCUCAGCCUUCUCAGCAUCCUGGGCUUUCUGCAGGAGCACUGGGAUGUUGUCUUUGCCACCUACAAUUCCAACGUCAGCUUCCUCCUGUGUCUCAUGCAUUGCCUUUUGCUACUCAAUGAGAGAAGUUACCCAGAAGGAUUUGGAUUGGAGCCCAAGCCUAGAAUGUCUACUUAUCAUCAAGUCUUCCUUUCCCCAAAUGAAGACGUGAAAGAAAAAAGAGAAGACUUACCAAGUUUGAGUGAUGUCCAACACAACAUUCAGAAGACAGUGCAGACUCUCUGGCAGCAGCUGGUGGCACAGAGGCAGCAGACCCUGGAGGAUGCCUUCAAGAUCGAUCUCUCUGUGAAACCUGGAGAGAGGGAAGUGAAGAUUGAAGAGGUCACACCGCUCUGGGAGGAGACGAUGCUCAAGGCCUGGCAGCAUUACUUAGCAUCUGAGAAGAAGUCACUGGCAAGUCGUUCAAAUGUUGCACACCACAGCAAAGUCACUUUGUGGAGUGGAAGCCUGUCCUCAGCCAUGAAGCUGAUGCCUGGGCGGCAGGCCAAGGACCCUGAGUGCAAGACAGAGGAUUUUGUGUCAUGUAUAGAGAACUACAGAAGAAGAGGACAAGAGCUAUAUGCAUCUUUAUACAAAGACCAUGUGCAAAGGCGAAAAUGUGGCAACAUCAAGGCAGCCAACGCCUGGGCCAGGAUCCAGGAGCAGCUUUUUGGGGAGCUGGGCUUGUGGAGCCAGGGGGAAGAAACCAAGCCCUGUUCCCCAUGGGAACUCGACUGGAGAGAAGGACCAGCUCGAAUGAGGAAACGCAUCAAACGCUUAUCUCCAUUGGAGGCCCUGAGCUCAGGAAGGCACAAGGAAAGCCAGGACAAAAAUGAUCAUAUUUCUCAAACAAAUGCUGAAAACCAAGAUGAACUGACACCGAGGGAGGCUGAGGGCGAGCUUGACGAGGUGGGGGUGGACUGCACCCAGCUGACCUUCUUCCCAGCCUUACACGAAAGUCUGCACUCAGAAGACUUCUUGGAACUGUGUCGGGAAAGACAAGUUAUUUUACAAGAGCUUCUUGAUAAAGAAAAGGUGACACAGAAGUUCUCCCUGGUGAUUGUGCAGGGCCACCUGGUGUCAGAAGGGGUCCUGCUUUUUGGCCACCAACACUUCUACAUCUGCGAGAACUUCACACUGUCUCCCACGGGUGAUGUCUACUGUACCCGUCACUGCUUAUCCAACAUCAGCGAUCCAUUCAUUUUCAACCUGUGCAGCAAAGACAGGUCCACUGACCAUUACUCGUGCCAGUGCCACAGCUACGCUGACAUGCGGGAGCUACGGCAGGCUCGCUUCCUCCUGCAGGACAUCGCCCUGGAGAUCUUCUUCCACAAUGGAUAUUCCAAGUUUCUUGUCUUCUACAACAAUGAUCGGAGUAAGGCCUUUAAAAGCUUCUGCUCUUUCCAACCCAGCCUGAAGGGGAAAGCCGCCUCGGAGGACCCCCUCAAUCUAAGGAGAUACCCUGGCUCCGACAGGACCAUGCUGCAGAAGUGGCAGAAAAGGGACAUCAGCAAUUUUGAGUAUCUCAUGUACCUCAACACCGCGGCUGGGAGAACCUGCAAUGACUACAUGCAGUACCCAGUGUUCCCUUGGGUCCUCGCAGACUACACCUCAGAGACAUUGAACUUGGCGAAUCCGAAGACUUUCCGGGAUCUUUCAAAGCCCAUGGGGGCUCAGACCAAGGAAAGGAAGCUGAAAUUUAUCCAGAGGUUUAAAGAAGUUGAGAAAGCUGAAGGAGACAUGACUGUCCAGUGCCACUACUACACCCACUACUCCUCGGCCAUCAUCGUGGCCUCCUACCUGGUCCGGAUGCCACCCUUCACCCAGGCCUUCUGUGCUCUGCAGGGCGGAAGCUUCGACGUGGCAGACAGAAUGUUCCACAGUGUGAAGAGCACAUGGGAGUCGGCCUCCAGAGAGAACAUGAGUGACGUCAGGGAGCUGACCCCAGAGUUCUUCUACCUGCCUGAGUUCUUAACCAACUGCAACGGGGUAGAGUUCGGCUGCAUGCAGGACGGGACUGUGCUAGGAGACGUGCAACUCCCCCCCUGGGCUGAUGGGGACCCUCGGAAAUUCAUCAGCCUGCACAGAAAGGCCCUGGAAAGUGACUUUGUCAGUGCCAACCUCCACCAUUGGAUAGACCUUAUUUUCGGGUACAAGCAGCAGGGGCCAGCCGCAGUGGACGCUGUUAAUAUCUUCCACCCCUACUUCUACGGUGACAGAAUGGACCUCAGCAGCAUCACUGACCCCCUCAUCAAAAGCACCAUCCUGGGGUUUGUCAGCAACUUUGGACAGGUGCCCAAACAGCUCUUUACCAAACCUCACCCAGCCAGGACUGCAGCAGGGAAGCCUCUGCCUGGAAAGGAUGUCUCCACCCCCGUGAGCCUGCCUGGCCACCCACAGCCCUUUUUCUACAGCCUGCAGUCGCUGAGGCCCUCCCAGGUCACGGUCAAAGAUAUGUACCUCUUUUCUCUAGGCUCAGAGUCCCCCAAAGGGGCCAUUGGCCACAUUGUCCCUACUGAGAAGACCAUUCUGGCUGUAGAGAGGAACAAAGUGCUGCUGCCUCCUCUCUGGAACAGGACCUUCAGCUGGGGCUUUGAUGACUUCAGCUGCUGCUUGGGGAGCUACGGCUCCGACAAGGUCCUGAUGACAUUCGAGAACCUGGCUGCCUGGGGCCGCUGUCUGUGCGCCGUGUGCCCGUCCCCAACAAUGAUUGUCACCUCUGGGACCAGCACUGUGGUGUGUGUGUGGGAGCUCAGCAUGACCAAAGGCCGCCCGAGGGGCUUGCGCCUCCGGCAGGCCUUGUAUGGACACACACAGGCUGUCACGUGCCUGGCAGCGUCAGUCACCUUCAGCCUCCUGGUGAGCGGCUCCCAGGACUGCACCUGUAUCCUGUGGGAUCUGGACCACCUCACCCACGUGACCCGCCUGCCCACUCAUCGGGAAGGCAUCUCAGCCAUCACCAUCAGUGAUGUCUCAGGCACCAUUGUCUCCUGUGCGGGAGCACACUUGUCCCUAUGGAAUGUCAAUGGACAGCCCCUGGCCAGCAUCACCACAGCCUGGGGCCCAGAAGGAGCCAUAACCUGCUGCUGCCUCAUGGAGGGCCCAGCAUGGGACGCAAGCCAGAUCAUCAUCACCGGGAGUCAAGAUGGCAUGGUCCGGGUUUGGAAGACUGAGGAUGUGAAGAUGUCUGUUCCUGGACAGCCAGCAGGAGAGGAGCCCCCAGCUCAGCCUCCAAGCCCAAGAGGCCACAAGUGGGAGAAGAACCUGGCCUUGAGUCGAGAGCUGGACGUUAGCAUUGCUUUGACAGGGAAGCCCAGCAAAACCAGCCCGGCAGUGACUGCUCUGGCCGUGUCCAGAAACCAGACCAAACUCCUGGUUGGUGAUGAGAGGGGGAGAAUAUUCUGCUGGUCUGCAGAUGGGUAGGAAGAGAGAGGCAGCAGAGGCUCUGGCACAACAGUGCCAGGCUGAGGGCGGCAGAGGUGACUGGGGCCUGAGCUCUGCCUACAGAAGAAACCCCCAGGGCCUCCUUCCCCACAGUUCUCAAGGAAGGGCCUCUGGCAAUCACAGCUCUGCAGCCCAACCCUCUCCAUGGCCGAUGGGACUUCUAUGAAAAGGAUGAGCACACACACUCGGAGGGCUGAGCAGCACGCUGGAAACUGACUUGGUGAUGCCCAGCUGCACACGAAAUUACACAUGACUCACCUUAUUAAGGGCUAUUGCACUGAAAAAAAAAAAAGAUGGGUCGCUUACUGGAAAUUAUUGUAUUGUCUUUAUUUUAUUAAAGCAACUAUGUUUUAAAUGCAGAA